AUGGGUCUCGCCGACGUCACUUUGUUCGAAGCAGACAACUACCAUGGACGACAACUGCGCCAGAAAGAAGAGACGGGAAAUCUAAGUAUCCGAGAGGAUGAUACGAAACUUUAUCAAUUGUUAUCUGCAUGGGAAAAUAACGGAGUCGUCACGAUGAGUUACGCCGAAGCUCUACCAUCUGAAGUGAAAACCACUACCAUAUCGGUAGUGCACAGCAAUCGACUUAAAAACGUUAAAUCCACAUAUAUGAAGAGUUCAAUCGCACUUCUCCUCAAAAAGCCAGCUAAGCCCAUUGUAUGCAAGGAAACGCAAGCUGCAUGUUGUACCAAGCUAAGGGUUAUCGGAUAA